GUAACUGUGUUGGUAACCUGAUUGACGCCAAAAGCUCCAAACAGGACCCUUCAUAGUCUUCGACAAAUCAUCGUCACUGGCAUAAAUUUGGACUCUAGUGCUCACCAGACAUGAAAAUGAGAUGGCAGCUGUACUGAAAACCAUUUCUGAGUAAAAUCCUGCCAAAACUAUCACAUUGGCUGAGAACUCUAUCAUACAUCAUGCAUGUCACAAGGCCUAAAUCUUCCAAAGGGCGCUGCAGGCCAGCUGUGAGUCAUGCUGAUAGUGUGGCAGGGCUCUCGUACCACAAUGUGCCUGGUCCUCCACGAACCUCCUCCUUGGCACGGGAGAAAGCAAGCAGCUCCGUACACCUUCUGUCCCACUCUCACUCUCUCCUGAAGCAGACCAGUGUGAUGAGUGUUGAUGAAGUCACCGAGCUUCUGCAGAACACCCCCACCCUGCCUGCACUGACCCUCAACAGAUACAGGGUGCUGCCAUCCAUUGCGAAGAGACAUACCCCUGGAGACGUGCCUUUCCAAGGAAUGGAGGAGAAGGCCACCAGGCUAAGCCGAUCUCACCAACUCUUCAUGGAGGGCCGUGACGACCACCAGCAGCAGGCCAUUUCCUCUUCCCGUAGUCACCCAGAGAUUUCGAACUCUUCUGAAGCGCAGUGUGGUGUAGUCACAGAGCCCUCAGACUUGGCCGCAUUGCCACUGGAGACUCCUAAUGGGAUCCACGGGGGCUUACUGCUGGCUAUCCGAUCUCCAAAUGGGAGGAGGUUCCAACAACGUUUUCAUUCCUCAGAAACACUGCAAACAGUUCUAGCUGCUGCAGAAGCUAGAUAUGGUACAAAAUAUGAGGACAGCAUCAUUGAGACCAUGGAUGUGCCCCGAUUGAGCUUCACUGACCUCACACAGACUUUAGCCGAAAGUGGUAUCCGGAACAGGUCUGUUGUCUGCAUCACUCAAGAGUACAGCUCCACAGAUAGUUUGUAAAGUCAUCAACAAAAUGUCACAUCAAAAAUUCAAUGUACAAAGCCUAUUAAAUUUCUUAAGUAGAACAACUUACAAGCAGCUUGUCUGUGGUUUAUGUACUUUAAUUUCUCAUUUAGGCUAAUAGAAUAUGUAUAAAUCGUGAAUAGUAUAACUGCUGUCUGAUGAAAACCAUGUAUGUCCACUUUUUGAAGAUUGUGACUUUUUGCUAUAGAAUACUGAUAGCGUUUGACAUGUAAUUGACCGAUAAAAAGAUGUUUUAUGAAGUCAUCUGUUUAAUAUUUGUUUGUAUUAGUUAACAUUUCUACUGAUGGUAGCUUGUAUGGAUUACUUUAUAUUGCUAAUUGUACCAACUUAACAGUGAUAGCUAGAUAGCGAACAUCAUUGUUUAUUGUGUAUAUAAAGCGUCCAAAUGAAUAAUUAUGUAAUGUGAGGGGGACAUUCAGAUUUAAUGGCAGCGACGCCCAUAAUAUAAAGCAAGAGAUUGUUUCUUGUUGAAAUUGACAUAUUUGUCUCACUGAUAGCAAUCCACGGAAGAAAAUGUAAGAGAAACUACUCACUGAUGGAUGUGUAAAGACAGGAUUAUGUUUCUGGUGCCGAGGAUUAUCUCAUUAUGUUGACUUAGGUUUAUUUUUGUAAAGUAGUUUUUAAGAAAAUGUAUUUUUUCAUGCUUCUGAAAUAAUGGAUUUUUUGAGUUAUGCGUUUUUCAGCAGAUGGUGCCAAUAUUUAAAAUUUCAAAGCCUUAUAGGAAUGCAGGUAUCUUGGUCAUUGACUCAACUGCUCUGCCGCUGCUGACCAAGUGGUUGUAAUUUGAAAAUAAAGUCUUGAUCAUCAUCCACGAUGAAGACACCCUAGGUCUUUUGUUUUCAGCCAAUGUUUAAAAAUGUAUAGUUGUUACAAAAUCCCACCAUUAAAUAAAA